AUGGGGAAGAAGCAAUGCCCCAAGCCGGCUGACGCCAUGCGCACCAACCAAGGCGACGGCCACGACCUUCGCGGGAAAAAGACGACCGACCCGCCGCACGAGUUUAACGCGUGGAACUACCUCCAGGAUCCGCGCAACGCGCCGCACGAAUUCCUCGAUCCAAUGCUGCAGAGUACGCGCACGACCAAGUUCACGCCAGGCUUUUAUCGACGGUCGAGGACCGCGAUCGCGUCCGACCACGACCGGCUCGAGCGCGAGGCGGCCAAGGAGCGCGCGCACAGCUCCAACGCGACCGAGCGCCUCGGCCGGCUCUCGUUCUUGAACUCGUCGUACGACUACAACAUUGUGACGGGCGCGCAGACGUCAAUCAAACAAGUGCGGUUGCCGCCGACGCGGCAGUACCUCGCGGGAUCGCAGACCGACCACUUGCUCCACGAAGGCGUGAUCCAGCUCCGCGAGUCGCCCAACCGCUUUAUGGGUAGCUUCCUGAACAUUCGCCAAGACGAGGAUCGCAUCGACAACCUCGCCCGCGAGGGACUCCGGGGGCCGAAACACUCGUCCAUCAUCGGCAUUGGUCGCAACGAGCUGCUCUCGAAAGGCGCCGCCGACGGCCUCAACAAGUCGCUCUAUCGGCAGUGCAUCGACGACAACACCGCUAUCAAGCUCCAAUCGCUCAUCAAGCGCGGUGGCGACGCACCGACACGCAUGCCAAAGCUAUCGCCAGCAGCGACGAGUUGGCGGCCUCCGAUGGCGAGCCGCGGCAACGUCUCGGACGACGUCGCCCGGGUCCGCGAUCUGACGUAA